AUGUUGCUUCAGUCGAUCACGUUCAACCGACUGAUGGGGGUGGGCCACAUGUACAUCUACAAUCAGAGUGUGGGGCCGAUGGUGGACGCCUUGUUGAGACACUACACAGACCGGGGACUCCUCACCGUGCUCCCCAUGCCCAAACGUCCGGCCAACAAAGCCUGGUAUCAUGGACAAGAUAUCACCAUACAGGACUGUAUCUAUCGCAACCGAAACACUUCCCAGUUUGUGGUGGUCGUAGACCCAGAUGAGUUCAUCGUUCCCCUUCAGCACAAGUCUUGGGGAGAAUUACUCAGCGACGUUCUCCACAGAGAAGCCAAGCAAAACCACGUACACAAUGUUGGGAGCUUUACUUUCAUCCACGCAUUCUUGUGUGACAGGUCACAGAAACACGACGACCCACACUGGACGCAGCUCAAGCAAAACUUUUCCAUCACAGAAGAGGAAGAAGACUUUAUCAGACGAAACAAGGUGAUUUUGUUUCUGGAAAAGCACAGACAAAAGUUCCAUUCAUACCCCAGGAGAAGUAAAACGAUUUACAGACCAGAGUUUGUCCGUGAGCCAGGAAUACACUACCCGCGAAAGUUGUGGUCAAAUCAAAGCCAAGUUGUUGUAGAUACCAGUUUAAGCUAUGUUGCACACUUUCGAUAUAUGUACGAUGGUUGUUUACUAGAUACCUCUGCUUUCCGUUUUUAUAGAGAUUACCUAAACCUGCUGAAGACAGCUUAUGAUGAAUUUCAGAGUUAUGUUUCAAGUCCGUGA